AUGGCUUAUAGGUUGGAAGGGAGUCAAGAAAGUAUUCUUCGCUCACAUCGGAUAUCCCAAGACGAAAGUCGGCAAAGCCGACGGGAGCGGCAAAAAGAAAUAGAAUCCGAGAAGAUAAGUAAAGCGUAUGAAAAAGUCGAAGACGAAGUUUUUAAGUACUUAGAAAAGAACUUAAGCGUCGUCCCGGUGACCGAAGACAUUGUAUUCCAAAGUGUUACCGCUGUGGGACAAAAGAUGAUAAUGGAACCAAAGCUUUAUGUUCCUUUUAUGAAACGUGUCAUCCCCGUAUUGUUCCGUAUUGCUUCGAUGUGUUAUGGAGAACCGUUGUUUCAACAAAUACGGAGUAAUGGAUAUCGCGUGUUCAUUAUGUUUGCGCAGAUACUGGUAAUAUGCGCGGAGUCCCCGUUUCUUCAACCCGAAGAGAUGAUAAAAAUAGGGUUUGUCGAUAUGUGUUUGAAGUAUUUGACAUGUGACAACGACCAAGUCAUUGCAGUCACACUCGAUAGUAUCAGCACUGCGUGCACACACCCUCUAUUAGUCUCCCGAUUUCUGAACCAAAACUUGUUUGGCAAAUUGGUGACUGCUGUAGCGUCGAUUCCCGAAGUUGGUGCGGAGCUAGUGUAUCGCCAGAUAUCGUCGAUCAUCCGAGUGAUUUGUUCAAAUUAUCAAUACGCCCAUGACUUUGUGGUGAGUUACAUCAUCUUCUUUUCGAAAUUGAUCAACAUCAAUGAUAUCCUUAUCAUGACUAAUAUGAUGCAUGCAAUUCAUGGCUUAUACAUGAGUGGCAAUUUUGUGAAUGAAUUGCGUCCACUGCGUGCCGAGGAGCGGUGCAUCAAACUCCUUGAAUUGAACACUGACGAGAAAUUAUGUGAAGCUUGUUUAUUAUGUCUUGGUGCUUAUGUCUUUCAAAAAGAUGACUUACCCAGUUCGGGGCAGAUCUGUGGAGUCGCAGUCACAAAAAUCACUACUUCACCCGAAUACAUCCAGAAGAUCUGUUUCUGGAUUCUUUCUAAUAUCUCUGCUGGGAGUUUUGAAGGGAUGACGGAGAACGUAGUGUCAUCGGGGGGGUUAAUGUUAUCGUGUAAAUUUAUUGUGGAAAGUACGAACGCUAAGAUCAAGAUCGAGUGUGGAUGGGUCCUCACUAAUGUAUUAUAUAAACUCACCGAUUUAAGCAAAGUCCGCAGCGACUUGUUGUGCGAAGCUAUUGUCAUCACUUUAUUAACGCCCGACCAAACAAUGGUCUUGUCUCUUCUUGCUGGCAUCAUUAAGUUGAUAAGCUUCGAUAACUUGACUAUGACCCCAACAAUCAAAGACAAACUCAACGAACUCAAUAUCAUGCAAAAUUAUAGUAAGCUCCUCCAAUCGCCAAACGCUGAGAUCAGAAAGCGCGCUGCAAAAGUCGAAGAGUUGUUACGAGACAGCAAUUCACUCUAA